AUGAAUAAAGUUCCUUAUGAAAGUUUUAAGAGUAAUGAAGAGCUAAAGAAAACAGAGAUAGAAGUAUUAGUAAGUGAGGAAGAGGCCUAUGCAAUUAGUGCUAUACUCAGAUUUGAAAUAAAACAAAAGGAUACUACCUUUAAUUGUAUUCAGAAUAAGGAAGUAUAUCAACAAGAUCCAGACGUAAAAAUUAAUAAGAGAAAAGAAAUUGUUAGUAAAAAGAGUAGCAAUAGUGAAAAGAGAAAUGUUAUUGAAAAAAAUAUGAAAACAAACCCAACAUCACUUCAUGAAAUAAAAAACAAAGCUGAAACUGUGGAGAAAAGAAAAUUUGAGUUAGUAAAUAAAUCUCCAAAUGAAAUAAAGAAUGAUAUUAGUUCAGAACUAGAAGAAAAAAAACUAGUACCUACUAAUCAAAGUUUAAUAGAAAUAGAUGGCGAGAAAUUCUGA